AUGCGGCUCCGGCUGCUGCCAAACUGGGGAUUAACGAUGCAGCGCAGCACGGAGGUCGGCACGCAACGGUUUCCCGGCGAGGCCGGUUCACGCGGGGGGUUGCACGCGUGCCCCGGGUUUGACAUGUCACUCAGCCGGGCUGCUCACGGGCUUUGCAGCGAGACCGCUCCCGCUCCGCAGCCCUGCGCAGCCCGUCCCGCGCCGCUAACGCCGGUUCGCCCGGGGCCGGGCCCGGGGGUUGCCGUGGGGCCGCCGCCUGACGCGCACGCGCGGGGCCGCGCGCCGUUGCCGUGGUUACGGAGGAAGCCGCCGGUAAGGAAAUGGCCGCCCCGGUCGCGUUCCAUCGCUCUGCUGCCCUCCGGCUGCCCCGCGCUCCCGAGCCUCCCGCGGCAGGCGGCCCCGCAGCGCCGGCUCCGCACCGCCGUGCCCAGGAGCGGGCGGUUAGUCCCUGCCCUGGCCCCCGCCGCGGCCCGCGCCCCGCCAGCGCUCCUGAGGCCCCGCCGGCAGCCGCGGCCCGGCCCCGAGCAGGCGCUGCGGGCCUCCCCUGAGCCUGCCGCAGAGCUUCGGGAGGCCAUGGAGCGGCACGUCCCCGUCCACGCGCUGCCCGAAGAGAUUCGGCAGAUGUCCUGGGAUGAGACAGUGUGUAAAUACUGUGGAGUCAGCUAUUUGAUACUUCAUGAAUUUAAGGUGAUGGAAGAAAAAGUAAAAGCCAUGGAAAAGGAGCUUAAGUUUUAUGAAGGAGGUACAAAACGGGAAAAAGCACUUGAAGCAGAACUGCAAUCCCUUUACCAAGACCUUGAAUACUACCGAGCUGACAGUGAAUCCAAAGCAGAAAGAAUAAAAACUGUAACGGUGGAGCUUAAAACAAAGCAAGAUGAGCUUAAAAACAUCAAAGAAGACUUGAAGUAUUUCCAAGAGGAAAAGGAGGCUGCCUAUAAGCAAUCACAAGUGCUCAGAAGUACAUUGGAACAUCACUGCUCAACUCUGAACAAGGCUGUCUCACUGCUUCCUUUCAUCAGGAGUGAACUAGACAGCAUUAAAGAGGUCAUCUCCAGUAACCUGGAGAACUGGGCUGCCACGAAAGAAGACAUUUUUCUGCAAAUAAAAUCCAUCAGCAAAGAAGCUCUGGCAGAAAUACCCAAGCUGAAUCAAAGAUUAGCAAACUCCCAGAGAGAGAAUGAAUGCCUCCAGGAAAAGGUAAAACACCUGACAUUGGUGGCUGACACAGUUGACCUGAAGACUCAACAGCUUCAAACUUCACUUCAGCAAGGGGAUGAGCUACAAAGUAGGUGCCAUGAACUACAAAAGGAAACAUUAGAUUUAACAAAUCAAGUAGAAACAAUUGGGCUGAAGCUGCAGAAAGUAACAGCUGAGAUGGACCACUACAAAAAGCUGUUAAUGGUGAAAUCAGCAGAACUGGACGUCUGUCAGAAUGAACUGAAACAAAGGAAAUAUGAAAAUGGGAUUUCUGAGUCAAGACUCAUGAAAGAGCUGAAGGAAAAGGAGGAGUCUGUUCUGAUUUGCCAACAAGUGUGCAAACGUUUACAGGAGGAAGUGGCUGAGAAAGAAAGGAAAGAAGAAGAUCUCAAAAGAAGGACUGGUCGAGCAGAAAGUGAGCUGGAAGCACUGAAAGCCCUUCUUAGACAAACAGAGGGAGAGGUGGUGAUGUUAAAACAAGAAAGGGAGUUAAUGCUGAUUUCUCAUCAGAACAGAACAGAGCAGCUGCAGGAAACAUUAAGACAGAAGAUGCGGGAUGAAGAUAACUGGAGGGAGAAGAUGGAAAUCGACCUGGCUAAAGGUGAAGCACGCCACAAAGAAGCAAUUCUUAAAGUCAAAGAAGAAGCAAGGGUGGAACUAGACAUUGAAAGACAAAAACAGCAGGAAUUAAAAUAUCAGAGAGAUCACGAAGAGCUCCAGAAGAAGAUCCCAGGUUUAAUAUCCAGUGCCACCAGUAGCUUAAGGAUGGAGACAGAAGUUCUUGAGAAGAAGCUGCAAGAUGCCCAGAUCAAACUUGCAGAGAAGGAUGAAGAGAAGGAAAAAGAAACUCAGAGCCUUAAAAGACUGAUCACUGAACUGGAAUUCCAGCUGACGGUGGAGAAGAACAAUAGUGAAUCAUUUCUGGAUAAUAUGAGGAAAGAAAUUAAACACAAGUCAGAUGAACUGGAAAAAUUAACCCAGGAGAGGACACAGCUGAUUCACAAUUUGAGUCAAGUUCAAGAAGAGAACGCUCUUCUCCAGGAGACGGUGCGCAGAGAGUGUGAGGAACGCUAUGAGCUGACUGCAGCUUUGACUCAGGCCAGGGAACAAGUGCUGGAACUGAAGAAGCUGAGUGGAAACUUGCCGCUGUGGCCUCGUUCCCUGGCUCAGGGCAGCCUCACGUCCCCUGCACGGCCCAGCCCCGGCGCUGGCAGGGACAGCAGUCCUCCCAGGCACUUUGGGGUGCCCGGGGCUGCUCAGGCAGCUGCCUGUGGUAAGCGUGGGGCCGGGCUCCCGGCCCUGAGCCCAUCACCUGCUCCCCGGGGCAGGGCUGCCUCGCUCAGCGAGCCCAGGAGCUGCAUCGCUGCUAUAAGGAGGCAGCUGAGUCAGCUCUGACAGCUCUGAGCAUGGGCAUGGCGCCUGGCAAACCACUCCAGGGCAUCAAAUGGCUGUUGGCUGUGGUCCCCAGGGGCAAAUCUACAGCUGGCAGUUACGUUUUGUAUCUAUAUCUUGGAUGCAGUCGUGUUUCUGUCCAUUGCAUAUCAAUGUAAUCACACGCCAGCCACCUUUCAGGGUGAGAGUGUGAAAAGCAUGUCGUGUGCGCAGGGGGAGCACAUCCUCAAUAGGUGUGAUUAAAAUAACUGCCAACCUCAAAGGCGACUUUCCCCAACCCCUUUGUUGGGACUUGCCAGUUUUGUCUCUUCUCCCGCGUAACUCAGUGGCUCAUUUCUGGCGUGA